AUGGCAGGCCGUUUUACUAGUAAAUUUUGCUCUUCCACUUUUAAAAAUUAUGCUUGCCGAAAUUACAGUUCGGGCAAGCAAAAAUGUACCUUAAUACCAGGGGAUGGUAUUGGUCCGGAAAUUUCUAGUGCUGUUCAAAAAGUUUUCGAUGCCGCCCAGGUUCCUAUCGAGUGGGAUACUGUUGAUGUAACUCCUGUCAGGGGUCCUGAUGGAAAGUUUGGUAUUCCUCAAGCAGCUAUUGAUUCGAUAAAUAAAAAUAAAAUAGGACUCAAAGGACCGCUGAUGACACCUGUAGGAAAAGGGCAUAGAUCUCUUAAUCUUGCUUUAAGAAAGGAAUUUAAUUUAUAUGCCAAUGUAAGACCUUGUAGAUCACUUGAAGGAUACAAAACAAUGUAUGAUGAUGUUAAUGUUGUUACCAUAAGAGAAAACACAGAGGGAGAAUAUUCUGGUAUAGAACAUGAAAUUGUAGAUGGUGUCGUACAAAGUAUAAAACUUAUAACGGAAGAGGCAUCAAGAAGAGUAGCAGAGUUUGCUUUUAUUUAUGCCAAAGAAAAUAAAAGGAAAAAAGUUACAGCAGUUCACAAAGCCAAUAUAAUGAGAAUGUCGGAUGGAUUAUUUUUGAGGUGCUGCAGAGAAUCUGCUGCUAAAAAUCCAGAAGUAAAAUUUGAAGAAAAAUAUUUAGAUACUGUUUGUUUAAAUAUGGUACAAGAUCCUUCUCAGUAUGAUGUUCUGGUUAUGCCAAAUUUAUACGGUGACAUUUUAUCUGAUAUGUGUGCUGGUUUGGUCGGAGGAUUGGGACUUACUCCCAGUGGAAAUAUCGGAUUAAAUGGAGCAUUAUUCGAAUCUGUACACGGAACUGCUCCUGAUAUAGCAGGACUUGACAAAGCAAAUCCAACAGCUCUUUUACUCUCAGCCGUUAUGAUGCUUCGUCACAUGUCUUUAAAUGAUCACGCAGAUAAAAUAGAAAGAGCUUGUUUGAACGUGAUCAAAGAAGGAAAAUAUAGAACGGGAGAUUUAGGUGGAAGUUCGAAAUGUUCAGAAUUUACCGACGAAAUAUGUAAAAAAAUAACUCAAGGUUGA